GGGCCGUGCCGGCUGCUGAGGGAGCCUCCAUUCCAGAGGGCCCGGCUGCCGCCGCCGCCUCCUGCGCUGCAGCCGCAGGAGGUGAUUCCGCACCUUCGCUGUCCUUCGCUGGAGCGCUUCAGGGACUGCUACCUCAUUCCCCAGCGGCCCGUGGUUCUGGAGGGCGUCAUGGACCACUGGCCGUGUAUGAAGAAGUGGAGUGUGGACUACUUCUGUCAAGUCGCAGGGUGCCGCACAGUCCCUGUGGAGUUGGGUGCUCGGUACACAGAUGAGGAAUGGUCUCAGCAGCUCAUGACUGUCAGUGACUUCAUCAGCCAGUAUAUCAUGGAUGAGAACAAUGUAGGAUACCUUGCCCAGCACCAGCUUUUUGAUCAGAUCCCAGAACUUAAAGAAGAUAUCAGUAUCCCUGACUACUGCUGCUUGGGGGAAGGAGAAGAAGAUGACAUCACCAUUAAUGCUUGGUUUGGUCCAGGAGGUACAAUCUCACCUCUUCAUCAGGAUCCCCAGCAAAAUUUUUUAGCCCAGAUGAUAGAUAGAAAUCACAAGAAGCAGCUUUUCCAAGGUCACAUGGGAUUUGCAGCAGAGUUGGGAACAAUCUGGAUCCUGGAAUGUACUAAGGAGUGUCUUUUUCUGGACUCCAAUGAAGGAACUGUUUUAAUGCAAAAAGUAUUUGGAAGAAAGUAUAUCCGUCUCUACUCACCACAAGAUUCAGAAAACCUGUACCCCCAUGAAAGCCAAAUUCUUCACAACACUAGUCAGGUUGAUGUAGAAGAUCCAGACUUGGUCAAAUUUCCAAAUUUCGAAAAGGCUGCAUUUCAGUCCUGCAUUCUGAUGCCUGGACAGAUUCUGUUUAUUCCAGUUAAAUAUUGGCACUAUGUGCGAUCGCUUGAGCUCAGUUUCUCCGUUAGUUUCUGGUGGUCAUAGCUCUGAAAUGUAGUCAGCAGCACUGAAAAGGGAAUUAAAAAUCAGGGAAGUAGCAUCUCUCUCACAGGAGAGGUUAGAGGGGGAGUAAAACCAAAAACCAACAAACUCUUGCUAAAGCAUGGAGAAGUAGUCACGAUGGGUAAGUGGAAAGAGUAUGCUGUAGCCAUGUCAUUUUUGUAUGUUUCUAAUAACUCCUAAAGACCAUGGGUUAGGUCCUGUGUACACAUCCCUCAGAAACAGCCUGUGUACAGGCACUACCAGGGCUCUGCCUGAGCCUCUCUAUCUCUCUCUACUUGGAUUUAGAAACACUAAACCCUGGAGUUAGCUACAGAGAUGGUGCUACCUAAAUGUUCAAUUCAUUAAAAAAUUAAGCUAACACCAAGCAAGGCACUAGUCUCCUGCAUGGAAAAAGUUACUUAUGUCCUGGUCUGGCCAGGAUAGGAUUAAUUUCUGCAGCCAGGAGGGGCAUGGCCCAGACCCAGAGGUUCCUCUGUACCACCUCAGCCUGCCACCUAUGCAGGCCAGGGGCAGGAAGGGGCUCCUUGGUCUCUUAGUGAUUGUAUGUAUGAAUCUUUUUGUGUGACUCUUUUGUAUCUCUUGCACACUUUGUUAUUGACAGUGUUGCUAUGACUGCUCAUUUUCUUACUCCUUUGCUGUUUCCAGUAAAUUGUUCUUAUUGCAACUCAUGA